AUGGCGCCGUCCUGGCAGUGGAUCGCCGUGGUGCUUCUGAACACGAUGAAUGGCCCCGGGUUCGUGACGCUGCCCCAGGCGGGCCGCGACGCGGGCCCCGGCGUCGUGGUCGCGGUCAUCGGCGGCUUCGGCCUCCUCGCGGCGUUCACGUCGCGCCGCGCCAUCGCCGUCGUCGCGGAGCUCGAGGCGCGGCGCGGCGCCGGCGGCGUCGGCGAUUUCGCGUCCAUGAGCCGCGACGUCCUCGGCGCUCGCGCGGCGGCCGCGGCGGCGGCGGCGUGCGUCGCCGCGCUGCUGGCCUGCGGCCUGGCGCAGAUCAUCCUGUGCGUGCAGCUCGCGGACGCGCUCGAGCUGCGCGCGACGGGCGUCCGCUGCGCCGUGGCGCUGCGCGCGCCGGCCGCGGCCGCGGGGCCCCGCGUCGACGUCGGCUGCCGCCGCGCCGACGAGCCGCGGCCGGGCCCGGCCGUCGAGCUGAGCCGCGGCGUCGCGCUCACGCUGGCCCUGUGCGCCUACGCGGCGCGCCUCGCGAAGGACGCGGCGGCCGUCAAGGCCAAGGACGACCGCGCGGUCGAGAAGCGGCGGCGGCUCGCGGCGGCGCCCCAGUGCGUCGGCGCCGCGUGCUUCCUCGGCGCGGCGCUCCUGUUCCCGCGCUUCGUCGCGCGGCGCGGCGCCGCGCGGGCCCUCGGCGACGUCGCGGCCGUCGGCCCGAAGCCGGCCGCGGCGCUCGCGCCCGUGUGCUUCAACUUCGCCUUCGUCCUCGCCGUGCCGGCCCUCGCGGCGAACGGCGGCGCGGCGCGCGCGCGGCGCGGCUCCGACGCCGCCGUCGCCGCCGCGACUUUGGCCUACGCGGCGCUCGCGGCGCUCGGCGCGGGCGCGGGCGCCGCGGAGCCCCACGUCGCGUUGGCGAUGGCGCGGGGGGGCGACGCGGGCGACGCCUUCGGCGUGUUCCUGCUCUACGUGUCCCAGCUCGCGGCGAUCGAGACCUACCUCGCGGCCGCGGCGCGCGCGCUCGACGUCUUCGGCCCGCGGAAGUGGGCCCUCGAGGGGCCCGUCUGGCUGCUGGCAUGCGCGUCCAAGGAUUCGGGCGCCUUCGGCCUCGUCGUCGACUGGACGUCCGUGCUCCUGCUCGGCCUCACGAACUUCUCGCUCCCGCUCGCGCUCGACGAGGCGCUCGGCUACCCGAAGCUGAAGCGGAGCUCGUCGUCGGACCUGCUCCUGCUCGGGGCCGCGGCGGCGCCCCGGUCCCGGUCGCGCGCCGCGUCACGCGUCGCCUUCGUCGCGGCGACGGCGGCCUUCGUCGCGCUCAUCGCCGCGCGCUGCGGCGCGCCCGAGGUCGUCGCCGCCGCGGCCGCGCUGGCCGUCGCCGGCCGGCUCCUCGCGCGGCCCCGGGGCUUCGCGCCGGACACGCCGACGUCCGCCGCAGACGCCCGCCAGUUCGAAGGCGCGUCGCCGCGCGCGCGCGCGCCGCGGCGCCUCGACACGAUCAGCCUCGAAAGCAGCGACACCUGGAUGGUCAAGCAGACGCACUACGACAUUUUCAGCGGCAAGGAGUUUUACGCCCUCAAGAAAACCUCUGGCGGUGACGACGAUGACGAAGGCUCGGGCAUGAAGCGCUGCGAGAGCGGCUGCGCGGCCUACGGGGGCACCCUCGCCUGCAUCGAGAACAAGGCCCAGCAGGACGUCGCGAAGAUGUUCGCCGGCGAGGACGAGUGGCGCUACGUCGGCACGUACCAGAUCGGCGGCGCGGCGCGCGACGACCCGGAGGCGGGCUGGCGCUGGACGUCCCAGGCCUGCGAGGACAGCGGAAACGACUUCACCGCGUGGCGCGGCGGCGAGCCCCAGGACUACGGCAUCUGCAAGAUCGAGCAGUGCGCCGCCAUCGGCUACGAGGGCGACGACAAGUGGGUCGACGUGCCCUGCGGCGCCAAGCGCGGCGCGGCGCUCGGCUGCCUCUGCGAGCGCUACGACGGGUCGGAGACGUCCGACUACUUCCGGGCGAACAAGGGCAAGAUCGAGAGCGAGCACUGCACCGCCGGCGACAUCGUCCUCAUCAUCUUCUUCUGCAUGCUGCCCUUCAUCUGCUGUUGCUGCAUCGUGCUGUGCGUGCAGCACCGGCAACGGCAGCUGAAGAACGCGCCGCCGCCGAUGGUGCAGAUGACGCAGACGGCGCCGGCGCCGCCGCAAGCCUACGCGCAGCCCGCCCCACAGUACCAGCAGCCGAUCCAGCAGGGCCAGAUCGUCGGCCAGCCCUACCAGCAGCCGAUCCAGCAGGGCCAGAUCGUCGGCCAGGCCUACCAGCAGCCGAUCCAGCAGGGCCGGGUCGUCGGCCCGGCCUACCAGCCCCAGGCCGCGGUCGUCACGGGCGCCGUCGUCGGCGGCGGCGCGGCCCCAUCCUACGGCGUCGUCCCGGGCCAGGUCGUUCCCGGACAGGUCGUGGAAGGGAGCGUCGUCCAAGGCACCUACAACCCGGUCCAGCCCGGCUACGCGCCCGUGGAAAACCCACACGAGCCGGGGGCGAAGGUGUUUUAA